GCGCUCGCCGGAUCCAGCUUCAGUGUCGUUCCGGCUGCGGCUUCGUACGGUUAGUCAGAGAGUUCUGUAGAAUCGUAACAUUGUCGUGGUCGUCGCCACUCUUUUUUUUCCCCAGCAGUGUCGCCGAGCCGCCGAGACUCGGUGCGGUUGCAGCGCGAGUUGUACACCAUGACGAUGGGCUAAACACCGUAAGUGUGUAAGUUUCGAGAAAAAGGAAAACGAGAGGGAAGAAACGUUCGGUCGGUGUGAACGUGUGAUUGUGCUACGGCGAUGUAUCCAGGUAGUUAAUGCAAGCCUGAAGUGUAGGAUCGCGCGAGGAAAGAUAACAGCAUCGGCAACGUCGGUGAUAUAAGAUGAGCCCAGCCUCGCAGGGCGGCGUAGAGGUGGAGCGUUACAUUGGUAGCUGUUUGAUAUCGUCGAACCUGAGGUCUGCGCCGCACAAGCCGAUCGUGGCUAAAAAGGAUCCUGUCUCGCGUGGUAAGACAAGGGGUUGCUACAACGGACAGAGUUUCGCGAACGACCAGGUGCAAUAUGGUCCCGGCGGUUGGGCUGGCGCCCCUUUGAUAUCCAUGACGUCGAGCCCGCGAAGGUGUAACCAGAGAUCGUCGCCAUCCCUCGGUCAACAGCAACAGCAACCGCCGCAACAACAGCAGCAGCAGCCGCCGCCGCCGCCGCAACAGCAACAGCAGGUCUGCGACCAGCAAGUGUCGUCACACCUGCCCAAGAAUCCGCUCUCCAGGCUCGCCAUCCACACGCAGGGAGCGCCGCUAAUCUUGACCGGUCGGUUUCACAAUCGAGGCAAGCUGCACAACAGCGUCGGGAACGUUAAUGGCAUUAGCAAUGCGGCGUGCAGUGGUGGCUCGGUUAAUAGUUACGUCCACGGUAAUGGGAACGGUACGACGAACGGGACGAUGAACGGUGCCGCGAGGUGUCCGUCGCGGCCGCAGAGGCCCGAGCUGCCGAAGAAGCCGCAGGGUAGCCCGAAGCCCGAUUGCGCCGGCAAGGAGAGCACCGGGCCGGCGAACAUAGCGAACAUCGAUUCGCUGAGCAUCGCCAGCGACGAGAGCUCGGGCUCGAACAACUCCGAGAACAGUUUGCCGCGGAUAAUCAAGCCCCGUAAGCGCAGAAAGAAGGACAGGAAGCCGACGACGAAUAACCCGGCGGUCGGCGAGGUUGCGAAACACGAGGAACAACAGCAGUCCGGCGCGAGCGUGGCCAGCGACUCGAGCAACGCCGCGGUCCCUUUAAAACCGUACACGGCCGGCUGUUACGAGGCCGCGCCUCAGCUCAGGAAUCACAGAAGGCCACCCAUAGCGAGGGAAAGCGUGUACGCCGGGUGUAGAGCGCAGACAGCGAGCAUGUCGGCGCAGGAGAUCGCCGACGCGAGACAGAGGUAUGCACACCGGCACGUGGAAGUGAAAGUGCUGGACGACAACAGAAACGUCGUGGUACCGGUGCAAAUUCGAACGGUCCCGAAAGGAUACAGGCACGGCAGCCACCACCACCACCACCACGUGGUGCCGCGUUAUCUCCACGAGUACAACCUGGUGGGCUGCGAGGACGGCAUCAAGGACGGAUUAGGCUCGUGCCAAUGCAGGUACUGCGACCCCUCCGGCCUGAUCUGGGACGUAGACCAGAACUGUUACUCGCCGUUUUACACGCCGGCCGCCACCGAGUUCUGCUCGAACCAUUUCUCGCACGUACCGCUGUUCCUUUCGCGACCCACCCUCAACUGCCAAGGGCACAGCGUCGAGAAACUGCUGAACGACCAUCUGGUACAUCCGGAGAAGGACGCCGGCUCCGGCGUCGUGCUUAGACGCAGCUGGAGCGACCCGUCCAGCUACUUCAGCGAGGAGAUCGCCGCGCCCAGUAAAGACGUUGGUGUGAUCGGUGAUAGGGGACAGACUGAGAGUGGCAAGCGUCGAACGCUAUGGCGCGGCGACUCGAUCGGUAUCCCGACGAAUGGCGUCGGGUCGUCCGGUCCGGGGCUAGUGAACGGUACCGUGUCGUCGCCCAAAGGCUUGGAGGUCUCCACCGAGAUCAUAACGUCGCCGAACGGCCAUCGGGAUCUCGAGAUCAAGUUCUACUCGGCGUCACCGAACGCCCCGGCGCCCGGCGACGACAAACUGAUCUUCGAUCAAACGGAGGAGGUCGACGAGGACGAGGAAGACUUCAGCGAUAUUUGGAGUUACCACGAGUCCAAGUUGCAGCAGGACUUCCGUACGUUGCUGCAGGCAGAGGAGUGAACGGUACCAUCCCCUCUGC